AUGUCUGCUCAAGAAAGCAACCGGAGCUUCAAGCUCGAAACCCUUUUCAACCUGAAGGACAGAGUCGCUCUUGUCACAGGAGGAGGGUCGGGCAUCGGUUUGAUGGCCACUCAAGCCCUCGCCGUCAACGGUGCUAAAGUCUACAUCACCGGUCGCACAAAGGAGAAACUGGACCGUGUCGCAGAGUUAUACUCGAAGGACAUUCCAGGCCAGAUUAUCCCGAUCGCCGCAGACGUCACCUCAAAGGAGUCCAUUAAGAAGCUAGUCAACGAGAUUUCCGCCAAGGAGUCGAAACUACAUAUCUUGAUCAACAAUGCCGGCAUUAGCUCUCCAACACAGAACACAGAUCCAGCGGACCCGAAAGCAUUGCAGGAGGAGCUGUUCAACAACCAGAGCACGACUCAAGAAUGGGAAGAAGUCAUGCGCACCAAUGUCACGCAGCUUUUCUUCACGACCACUGCUUUCCUGCCCCUGCUGAAUAAGGGAACAGAGGACGAGCACGCCUGGUCUAGUACCGUUGUCAACAUCUCGUCGAUUUCCGGCCUUGUCAAAUCUGCCCAGCAUCACUUCGCCUACAAUGCUAGUAAGGCGGCUGCUGUUCAUCUCACUAAAAUGUUGGCCCAUGAGAUUGCUUCCUCGCAACUCAAAAUUCGUGUCAACAAUAUCGCGCCCGGGGUCUUCCCGUCCGAAAUGACGGCUGAGGGUAGUGACGAGAAGCAAAAGAGCACGCUCCCCAAAGAGAAGUUCGAGGGAAAAGUCCCCGCCGGACGCCCAGGGAAGGACGAGGACAUGGGAAGUGCUGUGUUGUUUACUGUCUCGAACCAAUACCUCAAUGGACAAACUAUUGUCGUGGACGGUGGAUACCUGCUGGCAGCGGGUACACUCUAA